GAUUUCUCCACUCAGCGUUGACCAAAAAUACGCUUGAAAUGAGGUACUCCUCGAUGACGAUCUGCGCCCUCGUGGUACUCGCGCUGUCGAAAUCUAUCUGUGGACAUCCCGCGAACGGCAGGUCGCUUUUGAAUAUGUUGGAGUCACGUAUUUCAAAGCUAGAAAAUAUCGCAGAACCAAAAACAAUCUCGACGUUCAUUCAGCAGAGAAAUUCACCGAAUCCGACUAAAUUACGACAAAAACGCUUGUCGGAUCAAAGACUGGCCGAGCUGGAAACGCUAAUGAGUUUGUCAAAACUUGUAUCUCAAUCGCUUAUGACAUCUGGACAUGGACAACCAGAUCCAAAAAUAAUUGGCCGGCGAAGACGUUUCGCGAUGAAUCAGACUACACCGAGUUAAUAUCUAUUAGAGCGAAACAUAUAGGGAAUCGCGUUGUAUGAUCCUUUAAUUAGUUAAGUAGACUGAUAGCAUCCGAAAAAUGAAAGCAUGCAUUUCGUAUCUCGAUGAAUGAGCCUGGCAUGUAAUAGAGAAUAUUUCAUUGUUUUACGAAACGAUUAUUUUAGAAGUUAGCAAAAUUACAAAACGAAGAUUGUUAUGUGACAA